CAGUCGGCGCGGUGCCAGCGACGCUGUGGUUGUGUAGGUGGCGCUUUGUUAAACUGGUGGCUAUGCAUGCUACGUGGUGAGACUGAGAAGAAUGACAUUAGAUGUCACUAUGCUAGAUUACGAAGUCAGUAUUUUUGCUGCAGUAUCAGUGUGCUUUAUUCUUUAAUUACGCCGUUUUGUGUUACAGAAAGUAUGGUUAUUUGAACCUGUGUUUUGUGAAUUGUCACCAUAAAGCCAUAGAACAUUUCUCAUAAAGAAAUUACAAGGAAGAUUUUUAUCGUAACUUUCAUAUAUGUAUUGUUUUAUUCUACCAAGCCAGUGUACUAUUUAACUGACGGCUUGAGUUUCGGUGGCCUUUGAGUCACUACAAAAUAAGAUAGCAGACAACUGCAGCAGAAACAGAACAACUUCCUUGGCUUUUCGGGUGAAGAUUCAUUCUGCUUCAGAGAACACGUGUUUCAGUAUGGAGCAUCAUGACCUAAAGCGUGAUCGUGUGUUUUUGUGCGUGUAUUUUUAGAUUAUUUAUCUGUAUUGUUACAGUCAUGUGAAAAUCAGAUUAAUAUGCAAUAAAAGGCCGAGGACCCUGGACUGAAACUCAUACAUAAAACUACUUUGUGGGGAGAGAGCGUGUGGUCAAAUAUGGACGAGCUGUAUUAGAUAUUCUGCAGCAAUGCGUGGGGCUGAAGUGUUGGUUACUGCCCUCUUGUUUUUUUCUGUGCGUUUCGUGUUGGGAUUUAGUUGCGUCUGCAGUCCUUUGGAGUGCGAGGAAUUGAGUGACAGCGAUUGCCCCGGUGGGGGUACCGUCUGGGACCCAUGCGGAUGCUGCCGGGUUUGUGCCCGGGUGGAGAAUGAACCGUGUGGCGGACCUUAUGGUUUCUACGGCUCCUGUGCUGAGGGGUUGGAGUGCGUCGUGGGUGCUCAUGCUACAGGCAAAGCGGUACUGGCUGCCAACUCCGAAGGCAUCUGCACACGAAUUCCAGGCAGCGAGGUUCUGUGCCCGGACCCGGUCUGGAUGCUGGGUUGCAAUAUGGUGGGGCAUCACUGCAAAUGUUCCGAAGCUCCGGUAUGUCCCGGGGAGUCACCGUUCAGCUUCGCGAGUCGCGAGGAAUGCGAGAUGAAUCUCGCCGUCAUGUUGGCACACGAGCAGUCAGAUGUACCUGCACAAGAUUAUGGGGCAAAGUGCAACAGCACGGCCGACUGUGCCGAACUGCUGAUGGAUGACGAGGCGCUGUGCCCCCCGGAUUCGGCCCCAAGCGACCCGAGUGUGCCCGGGAACCGUUGCCAGUGUGCGCCUGCGCGCUGCGUUCAACCCCUCUGUCGCUUCGGCGCUACCCGAGUACUACUGCGGACGGGGACGACCACACCGGGAGACUGCUGUGACGUAUAUGAAUGUGUGCAGCCAAAAGAUAAAAAUUGCAGUGAAGUCAUAUGUCCAGAUGAAGGUGUGGACUGUCCAACUGAUAGCUAUCGUCUGCCAAACCUUCGUGCUCCAGGGGACUGUUGCUCUCACCCACAGGGUUGUGAAUGUCUUCCAGGGCCAUGCCCAGAGCCAGAUUGCAGUGACGGUGAACAUGCUAGAGUAGUGCGUCAAGGCAACCAAAAACCUGGCACUUGCUGUCCACUUUACAAGUGUGUAGAGCACGAACUGAAUGACACUUGUGUGUUCGAUGGAGAUGUGUGGAAGAAUGGUUCGACUUGGUGGAAGAAUGAAUGCACCCAGUGCAGUUGCAACAACGGGCUCAGCUUCUGUGCCGAAAGGACUUCCCAAUGUCCCGAACUGCCGUCAUCUUGCCGGGUGACUCAGGUUCCACAGGGAAAGUGCUGUCCGGUGUGUGUUGAAGCUGAUCCGGUAGCUGAGAACUCGCUCAUACUGUCUGGUGGCUGUGUUUCAUCAACUGGAGAGCUUCAUCAGAAUGGUGAGGACUGGCAAGAGGACCCCUGUACUACCUGCACGUGUGUCGCUGGUGCCAAGAAAUGCCAGGCACACAUGUGUGUCCUAAGAUGUGAUCAUCCACGUUAUGUUCCUGACGAAUGCUGUCCUCUCUGUGAUGCAACAUCGGUGGUCACAAUUCCUCCACACUGCCCAGCUCUCAACAACUGUUCCCUGCGCUGCUUGCAUGGCUUUGUGAGGGACAAUAAUGGUUGCUACAGCUGUCGGUGUCAAGCAGAUGAGUGUGUGCUGGAGUGUCCAAAUGGCUACUUGCAAGACAGUCAUGGAAACAAGCUGUGUGAAUGUUCAGCCGAGUGUCCUGCACUCUCAGAUUGUCAUAAGAAUUGCUCGCACGGCUUCCGACUCAACAAAGCGGGCUGCGAAGUUUGCAAAUGCAAGGAGUGUCGCCCGUUGAUGGACUGCAACAAGAAUUGUGUGCAUGGGCUGCGUACUAAUGAUCGUGGCUGCCCAAUUUGCAAAUGUAAAGCAUCAUCAGAACAUAUCCCCGAAGUUACGACAUCUAACCAUAUCAUUACAGAAACGUCGUGCAUAUCAGCAGGUGAACUGCAUCAUGAUGAUGGAGAAGUAUGGUUUGAUGGAUGCCGACAGUGUUACUGUCAUGGUGGAGUGGAGAUGUGUAACCUCAUUACAUGUCCAGUGCCAGCCUGCAAGCAACCAGUGUUGAAUGUAUCACGUGAUUGUUGUCCACGCUGCCCAGACACAGGGUACAAUGAACACAAACCUAAGAAACUUCAGCAAGCAAUGGUGUGUCAUUCAGUGGAUGGUGUGUAUCGAGUUGAAGGAGAAACAUGGCCUCUAGAUGCUUGCACACAGUGUCUUUGUCAUUUGGGGCGAGUGUUGUGCAAGACACAUCACUGCCCACCUGCACCCUGUCUGAAACCUGUUUAUCAGGCUGGACAGUGCUGCCCCAUGUGUGCUGAUUUUGCUCCUGUCUCAAGUCCUGGACAUGCCAAGUCAUGCAAUGCACAUCACCUACAUGGAACAGCAUGGAUGGAAGACAGCUGUCGUAGUUGUGCGUGCGUGAAUGGUCAUGUUAGCUGCUUUACACAGCAAUGCACUAACAUAACCUGCAGCCGGCCAGUCCUUGCCAAAAAUCAGUGCUGUCCCAUAUGUCUAGAUCGGUCUUCACCAAAAACCUGCUCUGUGGGCAAUGUCACAUACCAUGAGGGUGAAAACUGGCAUGAAGAUGCAUGCACUCGCUGUCAGUGCAGCAGUGGCCAGAAAAUGUGUACACAGAAAGUAUGUUCUGUUUCCUGCAUAAAUCCGGUCAAGAAACCAGGAAAGUGCUGCCCAGUUUGUACAGAAGCUGACAGCACUAGGAAUCAUGGCGAUUCAGUUCCUUCAUCUGAGGUUGCGCCGCUGGGGUUCUUCACAGAGUCGGUGUAUAUCACCAUCAUAUUGGUGCUUGUGUGCGUCAUCAUCUGCUUUGCAUUCUACUUUGGAUACCAAUAUUGUUGCCACAGGCAACAACUCAAGCUAGAUAGCACUCCAAAGUCAUGUCCAAAUCCUGCAUAUCAUGGUUACGUGCACAGGGACUCUUGCGCUCCUCCACAGUACACAAGUGGUGACUGCCAUAGAUCAAAUGUAGACCCUUAUCAGUAUGAGUAUGUUCCUGCAUAUGACUGUCAAUGAAAUGUUUGUCACUUCAGUCGGGGAUGUAGAAAAAUCCACUUCUGCCCCUGUGUAGAAAUGGAUGAACUUCAUAAAAAAUAGUGUGAUAAGACUGCAUAUUCAGUUACUUAAUGUUUGAGUUGGACCUACAAGUAAUUUGGUCGCAACUCGUGAGAAAUUUGUUGCGCUGACAGGUUGAAUAUACUGUGAAAGUUGCAGAGUCUGUAAGUUCUUGGAUUCUGACUGACCUACCUUUACCUUGUGAAGAUGGUUUUGUAAGUAACAUAAUAGUACCUUAUUUGUGUUACUGUGGUAUGCACAUUUAUGUUUAUCAGUUUGUGACUAACACUUCAUUUGGUUAUGCCCGUAGUCACAUCUGGAUUCGUGGAUAAACCUGAUAUCUAGUUCCUGUAAUAUAAAUGGCUGUUUGGAAGAGGGAAGGUACAAUUAGCAGCUGUAUGAACAAUUUGACAUGCAACAGAUCCCUCAGUGAUGUCAGUAAUGUUGUGUGUGUUACAUCAAUAUUUGUUUCUUCUGUCCAACAAACCGUGAGCCUCAAUGUUCACCUCUAGCCUUUUUUUAACUAACUGAUCAGUUGUUGGACAUUACAUUUGAGAUCAGCGUCUUGGAGUCGCAGAGGACUUCAUACAUAUUCAGGGAGGUGGGGCAAGGCUCCAGUAACAAGAGGGGUGCAAGUUCCUCUUUUCCUGUUUGAUAAGCAGAUUCAUCUGGAAUUGGUUCCUUAGUUGAUCUGGUAGUCACACAAAAGAUAAUGUACUUGAUGAUCUCCAAUUAUGUUUGUGUGUAAUAAUAAUAUUAAUUAUAAGAAAGGUGCAUAAUGGUACAAUAAUAUGAAUGUCGUGUAAUAAUUUGAAGAAAGGAAUGGAUAAUGUUAAUAUGAUCCAUAUGAAUAAAACUUAAAUGAACUGGAUUCUAAAUUGACUUUACACAUUUACUAUAAGAAAUAGGUUUUUAAAUAUGUAUAGGACUUCCCAAAUAUCAGUAUCUGAUAAAAAAAAGUUAUGUACCUUUUUAUAUUGAAGUGUAAUUAAAUUCAUUUAUCGAGAGAAAAGUUACAAAGUAUCUUAUAAAUUGUGAAGAGACUGCAAGUAAGAUUAAUCUGUAGUAAUGUGUGUUCAAACAUCGGUAGAAAAGUAAAUAUGUUUUUACGUGUCGAAUGCAGUUAGCAGCAUUCUGAUUUUUACAUAAUUGAAUUUUUAUCUUGCAUAGAUGUGCUGGUAGUUACUGUUCUUAUAUACAAGGUCUGUGAUCAUAUAACCAAUACAAUGGUAGGGAUUGUGUUGCAACACUGAAGUGCAUUCCAAGUAGUCGCAUGAUAUGUUACUGCAGAUAAAUUAUGUACAUAGUUGCUACAUUUUUAACACAACCGUACAAAGUUGUUUUAUUCAUCAAUUGAUACUGUCAUAAGCAGAGAAAUCUGUUGUGGCUUAUGUUGUUAUGGAACAGCAUUAUACCAGAUUGAAAACUGGCAGAUAUUCACUAACAUUUCAAAUAACUGCUGUACUCUAAACACUGAUAAGGUAGUGAACAUCAAUGCUGAUUCUGCUUGGAAUGUACCAUUGUUGUGCUGUAUUUACUCAGUAGAAUAAAAUUUUGCAGUGACACAAAGUUGCAGAAUGUUACAGUGUUUGAACAACACAAGAAGGUUACAGAUGUGAAUUAAGAAUGUAACAAUGAACUUUCCAUGUCACUAUUAUAUAGUGGUGAAAGCGAAGUGCUGCCUUGAAUCAAUACAAAAUGUUGGGAGUAUCUGAAUAUAAGGUGCUGUAAAGCUUUAUUCCAAAUUUAGGACUUGAUCUAAAAAUACUGUUUACCUAAAUAUUUUAUGCAUGCAGUGGUUGAAGUUCCUUCUAUAUUUUGAGGAACCUAUUUCACAAUGUUAAUUAAAAUUUACUGCAGCUACAGCAAAUUUUAGCGUGAGAACUGCUGCCAGUUUUUAAGUUGUUGAUGUUCUGACUGUGACUUAUCUUGAUAAAUGCUAAAGUGAAAGAUGGGUGUUACAAAAUUAGAAAAUUCAUCAGAUGGAAUGGUAAUGCAACAUGGGGUUUUCUCAGAAGUAGACAAAUUUGUAUAAGACUUUCAGAAAGAACAAAGUAAUUAGUGAUUCUCAUACACCAACACCUUUUAUGAAUAAUACAAAAAAGAUCUUAAUUAACCAUUUUUAAGAUGUUACAGGAGUCAAUUCCAAUAAUUGGAAUUUCUUUCUUCUGUGUACCAUGAAGAAACUUAAUAUCUACACAUUUUACAUGACCACUUAUUAAGGAUGCGAAUAUAUUCUGAAAAAUCCACAUCAAAGUAUUAUUUAAUACAUAACGUAUCAGAUUGUUUGUUAAUGCAUGCGGACACUGCAAAUUUCUGCUUCUGAACUAUAGUAAGAAUAGUGGGUAAGCAAAUUUCUUUUUUCAUGUUCAGUGUAUAAAAAGUAAGUAGGUGUUGCCAGAUCUUCAACUGCGUUAAAAAACUGUCUUUGAAUUGUAACACAGUCACAUGGCAUGUUCUGUAUUAAUGAGUUGUCUUCUUCCAUGUUCUCUGAAUUGUGUCAUCUUAGAACUAAUGUAUUUCUUCCUGAGAGAUUCAUUUUUCUGUCACAUCCUGUGUAUAUGUUACAAAUUCAAAGAUGUCUGUUUUGUGUUUGUGUUGAGAAGCAAAAUCUUUUAAGCACAAAACAUGUUUGGGCAACUUUUUUUGAGCGCAUGUCAAAAGACAUUUUUAUUACAUAUUCUUAAGAUACUUAUGAAUUGACCAUCAUGUGUCUGUCCUGAACCUUCUUGUGACAGUUGACAAACACCACAGUUACUGGAGCAUUUUGUAUUGCUUUCAGAGUUUUUGUUGGUGUUUACACACAGAGAUCUAAAACAUGACAUAUUAGUGUUCUGUCUUCCACGUUCCUGGUAUUGAAAGAAUUACCUCUGAUAAAGUCAUAACUCAGACAAAGAAGACAUUUAGGAAAGCACAAGAGAGGAUGGAAAGAUUCUGUUUUUGUAAUACCUGUAGCAGGCAGUCUAUAAAAACGUGGUGUCUUUGUGUGUGCUGGUGUUAGAUGCUCUCAAAGUUUUUGAAUCUUGCACUUGGAAACAAUUGUUAUAUAUCAGACAAUCGUGUUUGCAAAAUAUUGCUCUUUACAAGCUGUGCUCUAAGUUUUAUUAAUAAUAAUUAUUUAUAAAAUAAUUAUGAAUGUAUGAAACGAGGGUUUUAUAUUUUGCAGUACAGAAUGAUACAGUAAAUCAGCUCUUUUUCAAAAUACAGAGGGACAUAGAAAUUAAAUAGGCUUUUUUUUAAAUGAACAUGUAAGAGUUAAAAUGUUUCCAAAGAAAUUGAAAUUGUAUCCUACAUCUGAUUUCAGACAUCUUGUUUUAAAGGGGAAGAACUGCGCAAAAUUAAAUAAAGAUUUUAGUGCUUUGCAAACAUUUUAUGGUUUUCAGUGUGGGGGUGAUAGAAAGUCAUGUUCUUGGCUGCAUUGACAGGAGCAUUGUUGUAGUGUGGUAAGGGCAGCUCUUAAGUCUUGUAACAGGCUGGGUAACCACUUGAGGCCGGCUUCUGUUGCUGUCCUUGUAACUAGUUUCAGUAUGCAGUUCCCAUACAAUACAUACAUCACCCAAGUCUUGCUUGCAUUUCAUCAAAUUCAGCCAUUAAUAACAAAGCUGCUUCUUCUAUGGCUCUCCGGUCCAUAUUUGGUCCAUGGCCUCUUCAAUUCUCCUCUUCCAUUCAGUCCUCUGUUAGGUCCGUCUGUCCGAGGCUAGUUGAUUUUAAUCAUCAGUGGGCUUGCUCUUGCAUUAAAAUAAUUUUUCAGCUUUUAUGCAUUAAAAAUAUGUUAUUAAUUAAAGUACUUUCCAUUUUUUAUUUUCUUUAUGUACUAAUAACUCCUGUAUCUUAUCCAAAAAUAAACUUCUGUCAUACACAUGUGCCAGCAGUGGUUUGUGUAUGCACAGUCUAGUCCAAAUAAAAGUGUUUUAAAGACUACAAGCACACUGGAAAGUAAGUAGCAUCUAGUACCGUACUUACUGUGCCCAUUGAAUUUGUUUAAAAUAUACCAGGACAACUCUGACUUGUUUCAUUGAGCAAUGGCUGGUCACUGAGAUGUUUGUUCUCUGCCUUGUGUUACUGCAAUUCCCAAAUGAAAACUAAUUAAUUGUUUUAGUGCUAUAUAGAAUUCUGAAACUGUAUUUUAUUUUUUGAAGCAGUGUAAAAUAAUAAUAUGUGUAUAUAACUAUAUCAUACCAAGUAAACAUAUGUCUGUAUUUGUGUAACACUCAUGGCUAGAGGAAGCAGUAUUGUUUCCUUAAAAUACUGUAUAAUGCCAUAAGCAUUAUGAGGGAAUGCCAGUGUUUGAAACUGCUUUUCUGUUAAAGAUAUAAAUAUCAUUGGCUUAGAGGUAUGGUGACAUUUUGUGCUAAAACAUGUUUCAUACUUCAGUGAUUCAAGUGGAAACUUGUAGAUGAAUUUACAUUUUCAUUCUUUGUUGCUUAUCUUGUGCUGAUCAGUAAAGUUUGUUUCAAAUUGAGUGAUCAUUUAAAGAAAUCAAACCUUCUCUGUCAGUUUCUGUGCUAAUUGAAUGUAUUCAUGAAAAUUUCCAAAGACUAAAAUGAUUCUGAAUGUUUUGGUUAACCAAUAUACAUUACUGUACAUUAUACUUUGUCAUACUUUAAGAUGUCUUUCACAAUGUACUGUUUUGGAAAAGGAGGUGAAUGAUGUUCUCAUACCUCUGAAACCAAGUUCCUUACAAUAAUUCACUAACCUUUUGGAGAAUACAGUUGAAAUAUGUGAACAGUAGUUUUAUUAAUGAUAAUUUGCACAUGUUACAUGAAAUGUACCUGUUCCAUUAACAAGCUUAUUCCACUCUUAAAAAACACUGGUUAUGGCAGGAUUCUUUAGUUAAAGUGAGGUAAUUACAUCUGUAAGAGUGUAAUUUUAAUUUAAUACCUGCUGGUAUUUGUCACAUUAUUUCAUUAAACUGUUAUGUAAGAAUUCUAUAAAAACAGCGGUAUAUGUUAUGAGAAUUAUUUGUCUACAAAUUUUCAAGAAACAUAUCAGUAACAAAAAAUAUUAUAUGCCACUUGAGUGAGACAUGGAAUGCCAAAUUGUCAAGUAUUGUCUUCAUAAAUUAUUUUUUCUCUACACUUUCUGUUGAUUAAUUUAGGAAAUUAAUGUAUUUAUUUUUAUGUGUAACUAUAUAUCUUUAACUUACAGUAAUUUAUAUACUCUCCUGUUGUCAGUUGAUACACAAACAAAAGCUGAAAUUUUGCAAUGCAUACUGGAAAAUUUAUAGAUGGUAUUACACCGGUAAUGAAUCAUAGUAUACUCUGUUCGUUUAGUAAAAAGUAAUACACAACUUUGAAUUAAUGGGUUUCAUAAUUCACAUUCCAAAAUAGAGUGUACCUGUAUUUUGACAGUGAAAUAGAUUGAGGGAGAGAGUGAUACAGGCUUUGAAAUUUCUUUCUGUUUUACUUGUCUUCCCUUUGUAUUAAGAAUUGGCUAAUUCUUUUGACUUGCACAGUGCCCAAGGCAUUAGAAAGGAUGGCUCAGAAAGAUGAGCAUGCAGCAAGAGGCAUGGCAGUUCGAGUAUCAACUAUUUUUUGCUAAUUACACUGUUAACCUUUGUUUGGCCAUGCAUCAUGUCUUGUCCGUGGUCUAGCUGACUGUGCUCUUUUUAAAUCCCCAAUUUAUGUAGAAUAAAGGUUAAGAUACAGCUUGUAGGUUAACCAAGGAAAUGAUAUGCCAUCUGAAUUGUGAAACAUCACAUGUUUAAUGUCUUUUGGUGUUGUGGUGUUCUUUCUUUCUCACUAGGUCUUGCUAAGAAGUUUCUGUAUAAUUUGUCCAAUAAUAUCAAGUUGAAAGGUGUUCUAAUGGUUUUGAAAAGUGUGAUUGUUUCAGAUGAUGGUGAUGACCAGUUGAAAAUUAUCAUAGAAACAUAGCAGUGUCAAACUUCAUAAGGCAUCUUUUAAGUUGAUCUCGGCCAUUGCCCCUUGCUUCAGAAUGAAUAUAAGAAGUAUUACAUUUGAAUGUUUGCAGAAUUUAAAUUAAAAUGUGAUACUUGCUGAACAUGUGUAAUGUGUUAAAUUGUAUAUAGAGUAUGUAUUGUAUGUUUGUAUGUAUGUAAUUAAUUAAUAAGUAAAAUUCCUCUAAUUUA